AUGGCCGCCGCCUCUUAUUACCAGCUCGAUUCCUUCCCAAAUUCGGACCCAACUGCGGGAUCAGACCUAUACUCCGGCCACGACUACAACAACCACCCCGUGCACCCCAGUGAACCUUCAAGACCAGACCUCCACACUGUGCAUUCGAACGGCAACAGUUACAACUGUAACGACGACCACAUGCGGCCGACUGAGCCAUCGAGGCCGGACUUGUACACGUUGCAUUCGAACAGCAACAGCUACAACAGCCCUCCUCAGCAUCCUAUGAACAAUAUGCACAGCAGCCCGCCUCCGCAGCUAUCGAUUGACAGCUGGAACGCAAGACCUCCACACCCAACAGAUCCUCCCACGAAACCACUCGUGCACUCCUCUCAUGUCGCAGUCCCUCAACCGCUCAAGAUCCAGACACCCAACAGUCGUCUUCGACAGCGCAGGUUCCAGACGCUGAAACGCUAUCUGCGCAUCGGAAAAAUCGUCACCAAAGUCAUCACCAUUCUCUUCUCCACCGUCAUGUUCGCAAUCAUGCUCUUCACGGUCAUCAAAUACCAAUCCACCAAGGGCGAAUUCCGCGGUGGCAGAACCGCAUGGCCCAAGCAGCCGAAGCUGUGGCCAACCUUCAUGCUGCUCGCCGGUGCUGGAUUGACUCUGCUUCUGUCAUCCAUAACGCUUCUCUCGUACUGCUGUGCAUUCGACAAAGCGAGGCGGAGCUGGAAGCUUACAGUGGUGAAAUACGUGAUACACAUCGGAGCGUGGCUUGUCAUCUCGGCGCUCUACCGGUACGAGAAGAGCACGCACGGAGUGAGCAACGACCUCUGGGGCUGGUCCUGUUCGACGGAAGCUACCGCGCUGCAGUCCGAGUUCAACGGGGUGGUGCAUUUCUCGAGUCUGUGCAGUGUUCAGUCAAAAUCUUGGGAAGUCUCGUUGGCGGAGGUCGUGGCCAAGAUCGUGUUUGCAGUCGGACACUAUGUGAUAUACAGGAAGACGCGAGAUGAUGAAAAGCAGCAUUUGGCGAACGGCGUUGGUGGCGCUGGGACGGAUUUCCUGGAGGACGUCUUUUGA